AUGUCGACGUACGAGAAGACGCUGAUCCCGCCGCUCAACUUCUCCAUGGUUGCCUCGGGCGUCUACCGCUCAGGCUUCCCGAACAGGAAAAACCACGCCUUCCUGCAGCAACUUGGUCUCAAGUCCGUUCUAUAUCUGUGUCAUCAGGAGCACCAACCGGAGAACGUGGCAUUCUUCAAGGAGAACAACAUCGAGGUGUUCCAAUGCCCCAUUGACGGUAACAAGGAGCCGUUCAUUAGCAUCAACCCGGAUGCAAUGGCCGACGCUUUGCGCCACCUCCUCGAUGUGAGGAAUCACCCGAUCUUGGUGCAUUGCACGAAGGGAACGCAUCGUACGGGGUGUGUGAUCGGGUGCAUGCGGAAGAUGGAGAACUGGUCGCUGACUUCCAUCAUCGACGAGUACUGCCGCUUCGCGGGCCCACGCAUGCGUCUGCUUGACCAGCAGUUCAUCGAGUUUUUCACGCCCACGAUUCAGUACGACGAGAGACAAAAGCCCAAGUGGCUUACCUAG